AAGAAUAGGAAGCUUAGUUCACAACGCCCUUUGCCAUGCUUCUUAAAAGACGUCUUAAAUUUGUAAAUACACUCUUUGUACUGUCAAACCUGCCAGAUAUAAUAUACACUACACUGACACAAUGAGCGACAGCAAUAAGCAGAACCAAACUGGAAAACUUAAAGGAAGUAACAUCUUUAGCCAAAUAACCUCGCUAAGUCUCAGAGGGUUUCGUAAAGAUAACAAUGCUGGUACCUGGAGGCCCAUUAGUUUUCAGGCCAAGCCUAGUGGAAGUCCCACCAUCACCAAACAUCAUUCAUUCAACCAUGGAUCUAACUUUGGACUUACAUAUAGUAAUUUUGGCAAAGAUGUCCUACAUAACAGAGAAUCCAAAAAACACAGUUUGCUCACCACCAAUGAGAAGGAAACCAUGAAGAUUCUAAAUGACCGGUUGGCAACGUACUUGGAGAAGGUACGUUCUUUAGAAAAAGAAAAUGCCAAUCUGGAGAAGAACAUCCGAGACUGGUAUGACAAGAAUCAUCCUCAAAUGUUGCCAGAUUUCAGUCACUAUUUUGCAGAAAUGGAAGAACUUCAAAGUAAGGUUUUCAGGAGCACUAUGGAGAACACAAGGCUUACUCGGCAGAUUGACAAUACUCGCUUGGCUGCAGAUGAUUUUCACAAUAAGUAUGAGAUGGAGUACAAACUUAGGACUGACAUUGAGCUGGAUUUGAAAGAUUUGCGUAAUGAGCUUGAAAAAAUCAAGGAAGAAGUUCAAUAUCUAGACAUUGAUCAUCAACAUCUCCAGCAAGACAUGCUUCAAAAGAAGAAGGCCAAUGAAGAUAAAGUCAUCAGCCUCUAUAGCCAGCUGGGUGCCAGAGUCACUGUGGAAGUGGAAUCCCCCCAGUCUGCAGACCUGAGUAAAAUCCUGUCUGAAAUUCGAGAGCAAUAUGAAGAUCUGAUGGAAAGAAACAAAACAGAGGCAGAAAAAUGGUUCCUGGCAAAGAGUGAAGAACUGAAAUGUGACAUUGAAUCUAAAUCUUCAGAACAGCUCCCUACUCAUCAGAGUGAGAUCAUAGAAUUAAGGAGGACCGUUCAUACCUUGGAAAUAGAUCUACAGAGCCAGCUAAGCAUGAAAAUGGCCCUGGAAAGCACAAUAAUUGAAAAAAAGGCCAGCUACAGUUCCCAGCUCUCACAUCUACAGCAGCUAAUCAAUCAAGUGGAAGGAAACCUGUCUCAAGUACGGGACAAACAAGAGCACCAGAAUAAAGAUUAUAAGGCCCUAAUGCACGUUACAACACAUUUGGAGAGAGAAAUAGCUACCUACCAACUCCUGCUUGAGAAACAAGAUAUUCGGGUUCCAAGACUUAUGCCACAUUUCUCAGAAGGGUGUUCCAAACUCGUCAGAGUCGUCUCAAUUACUGAAGAACUUGAGAGCAGGAAAAUUGUGUCACCAAAAGAGAGCUCUUAGAAAUUACUGUGGUGGGCCAGAGCUUUUUAAUUAUUUAAAGUACCUAUGAUCUUCUGCUUGCUACAUGAUGAAAAUCAUGGUUUUGUAGAUCACUAGGAUACUAGAGUCAUUGGUCUCACUACUGGUUUGACUUGUUCUAUGCAUCAUUCUCCUAAGAUGUAAGAGUUUGUGUCAUCAUAACCUACACAGUGAGGUCAGUUUUAUUAACGCUAUGAAGUCUUUCUUCGUAAUUCUCUAUUAAAUGUCAAAUUUUACCUUGCAAUCAAUAAACUUUGAAGUAAGGGAGAGGCUGAAGCAUUAAAAACAUGAAUAAACUAGAGGAUGAAAGGGCAAAGGUGAUAAUUAUGUCAUUGUAGCUUAUACAUCGAUCACAUCAUUAUUUAAAACGGUGAUUCAGCAACGUUCAGCCAUUCUCAUCACAAACAAAAACUUAAGUUAAAAUUUCAGCAAGUUUAAGAGAUUCAGUGACUUUUUCUUUUUAUAGCAAAGAUAUGAUGAAAAGUAUCCCCCUAAAUCACUGAUACUCACCUCUUUAGCAAUCCCUUGCCAUUUUUUCCUCUAUUUCAGCUGAUACCCAGGUAUGGGGAGCAUCUGACCUCCUCCUAUGUAACAGUGCUCUGGUCUACCGGUCAAUCAUUAUGCCCCAGCGUUGUCAUAUAAAGGAGGGGGUGAUGUUAUUGGUUCCUCUGACAUCAGUCAACGCAAAAUAUUAUGGAGGAAGAACUGUGUGAGGUCAUUGGAAAAAUUAAUAUCAGGAGGUUGGAGAGGGCCUUUUUUUUACAGUCACUUUAGGUACAUUAAUGUCAAAAAUCCAUUAAACGGUAUGUUAAUGUCUGACUGUAACAUUAUCACUUUUUUGUUUAGUGGUUUAUUUAGAUCUAGUAGUCACAAAUAUACUUUGGAUUUUUCUUUAUUUUUUUCUUUAGAUAGAUACGUAGAUUAUGAAGAUAAAUAGAUACAUAGACAGACAGAUAGGUAGAUAGAUAGGUAAAUAAAUAUCUGCCUUUUAUUUCUA